AUGACAACUCCUUCGGGUGGCAAACAAACCCAGCAAUGGGGAAAUACAACUCCUUCGGGAGGCAAACAAACCCAGCAAUGGGGAAAUACAACUCCUUCUGGAGGCGAACAAACCCAGCUAUGGGACAAUACAACUCCUUCUAGAGGCGAACAAACCCAGCAAUGGGAUAAUACAACUCCUUCGGGAGGCAAACAAACCCAGCAAUGGGACGAUAUAUACAACUCCUUCUGUAGGCGAACAAACCCAGCAAUGGGACAAUACAACUCCUUCUGGAGGCGAACAAACCCAGCAAUGGGGCAAUACAACUCCUUCUAG